CAAAUCUUGAAAUUCGGUCUGCUCAAAGCUACAAGCUCAUCGAUCGGACUUCGACGAAUCACCUGAACAUAAAGAAGAUAUAUGAAAUCUAAAACCGUAAACCGUUUAUAUUUUUCGACAAGCAUUGACUUGUAUCGAUGCCCUAGCCGCUCCUGCAGAAUAUGUACAAGAAAAGCGAGCGUUUGAGCAAUUUCUGAACAACAGGAAACAGCUUCUAUUUACAACAAAACUACAGGAAAUUUUGGCUUUUCAUUUUCCUCAUCGUAUGACAAGGUUUAUUCAAAGUAUUGAGAAUAGUACGCCUACGCGACAAGAUGAAUCUUCAACAUGAAAGAAACAUAAGGACCACGCGAGCAACAGUCCAGCCUGGGAACAAGGUGGAAGCGAUCUUGUGACGUCACUCCGUCAGCGCCGGGAACUGGUAAACAAGCCACGAGGACAUGCUGUCUGCUGUACGAAAGUUUCUGCUGCUGAUCCAGGCAUCGGCUAGCAACAUACUCGUGCUCUGCCCGGAGCAUGCGAGAGCCGCGUCGGCGACCAUGAAAAAUCCGGACACGAGCAGCGGUGCAACGUCAGGUCCUGCUGAAAGUCAAAGCGUAGCCCUUGCAAACGCGACUGAAGUAGUAGAACCAAAUAAGCGACCCCCAGCAGUUCUCCUUAUUGCAACAAGCGCCAAGAUCUCCGGAGCAGAUGAAGAUGUUGAUGACAGCACAGAAAAGCAAUCACAGUCGUCCACGACUUCGGAACAGCAGGACCUUGCGCAGCUCCUCUUGACAUCCUCAACUCCGGCUGAAGACAGCGACAACCGCGCAAGAACGGAUGAGGAAGUGGAGGAGAAAAUCAAGAUCGUCGAGGAGGACGGGCGCUGGAUUUGGUGGCUGGUCGUGAUUUACAUUUUCUACGCCCAAGUUUCCGUCACGGACGAGUGGCUGGUGCCCGCCAUCGAGGUGGUGGUAGAGGAAUUUGACAUUCCCGAGGACGUGGCCGGGGCGACGCUCCUCGCUCUGGGGUGCAACGGCCCGGAGCUGAUCACGAAUUUGGUAUCGCUCUUCCUGAUUCCCUCGGACGUCGGGGUCACGCAGGUGGUCGGCACGCAGGUGUUCAACCUGCUGGCCAUCGUGGCCGCGGCGGUGUACGCGUGCCCGGAGAUGCCCCUGGAGCUCUCGGUGGUCUCCUUUCGCCGCGAUUGCGGCUUCUACGCCCUCUCCAUCGUGCUACUAGCUUAUCUCUUCUUCAAGGGAGAAGUGGGCGCAGUCGACAGCGGGGUCUUGCUUAGCUGCGCGAUUUUGUACGCGGUUUGCGUGGGCUCAACGGCGUAUUUUUUCCCAGAGGACGAUACCACGGAGGAGGACGACAAUGCGGAACUGGAAGAGGAGAUUCUCAACGCCGGCUCCAGAACUGCCUCCGCCGAAGGACCAGCAUCCGCCGGAGGAGACCAGUUGGGUGGUCUCGAACAAUUCCGCGCGAAGCAAUUGAGCAAGAUCACGGAGAUCAACGAGCAACUCACCUCGUCCGCGCCCUUCAUCCCGGGAUCCUUCGAUACGCUCGUGCUCGCGCCGACACUCUCGCAAGAUGUGAGCGGAGCGUUGGCCGUUGUACCCGGGGCGGCGGGAGGAACAAACGAGGACUCCGCCUUCAACUAUUUCGCUCUAGGGACGACGUCGAACGCGAAUGCUGGGAGCGCAGCGAACAACAAUUCCGCAGCUUCUGCGCGAGCAGGUGAACGCGCAGGUGUCACAACUACCGCGACUGAUGUGCAACAGGAAAAGGAAGCGAAAUUUAAGGAAUUGUUCGACAGGCAGGAGCUAAACAGCAAGGACGACAGCCGGCAGGGAUCGUUCAUCCAGGCCUCAGUAGACAGCAGCAUCGAGGACCCCGUCACAUUCGCGCAGAACCGACAGGAAUCCGCGAACCGCCCCGGUCUCUCGGACAUCGACAACUUGUUCGGAAUAGCUGCCUCGCCGGAACAGAAACAGAGCGAAAUUUUCACGGAACAAGACAAGGAAAACAAACCUCCUUUAGUUCCUGCAGCAGCAGUCGGGGAACAAAUAAUUGCGCAGACGAAUUCAUCAUCUCCUCCGCUCGGAGGAGCGUUCAGCACAUUGCAGUUGCCGUCCAUCCGAAGAAGUAGUGUGAAGAAUUCACCUUUGCCGCAGCUCCCACUUUCUCGCGCGUCAAGAACUUCAACCUACAGCAGCCAACCGGCAGCUGGACUACAGCAAGCGCCAUCGGAAAGGACGACCGCGGCCACCGUAGCUCCGUUAACUGCGCCAUUGCUUUUCGGCAGUUCAUCCCAGAGCACGGCCGACAGCAAGAGCAACUACAGCAACACCCUGUAUCUUCGGCCGCCGCCCUCUUCCAUCGGCGGGGCGACGAGCGGUGGUAGCACCGACAGCAGCCCGCUGCAACGGGCGAAGCACGUCGUGGCCUCGCCGGAAUUCGGGCAAGAAUCCUUGAUGCAGCAAGUCCCGCCCAAAAUGCUGCGGGACGGCGCAGAGGUCGCGCGCGUGCGGGUGAAGGUGAUCCGGCGGAAUCGGAUGAUCGAUUCCCACGACAGUCGGUUCCACGACCACCUGCUCGUGCGGAAGGACGGCAAGAUUUUCAUCACCGGCUUACAGCUGAAACUCAAAUCGCAGAUGGACCAGAACAAUAAGUGGACCGGAGGUCCUGCGCACUUCGACAAGCCAUUUCUUGCGCAGAAUGGCACCAGACCUGGUGGGGUGUGGAAGCAAGACAAUGCGACUGGUGUGAUCCAGCGCCGGAGCCCGUCGCUGCCCGCCUCUUCACGGAAGGACAGUGACGACAUCCCAGACAUGCCGCGCAUAGAGGCUUACCAGGCUAGUGGUGGUGGUGACCACGUCGCAAUGUUGCACCACACCAGUACCUAUCCAGGAGCAGCGAACGGGAUAAGUGUUCCCUUCGAAGUAGCGGCAAAGCAGGAAAAUCAAGGUUUUUACAAUCUUAAGGAGAAGCAGCUGAGCCAGUCAGCAGAGUCCUCUGACGGAACGAUGCGAAGCAGUAUUGGAACCGCCACCGAGGGCGGCAUGCUGUAUCAGGCUUUGGCUGGUACUGGUGGUGGACAACAGCGACAGAGUAAUAAGGUUACGAAACAUCAUCCCUUGCAACAGCCGCUCCUUCAAAAGCAGCUGUCUGGUGGAUUUUCGCGCACCAGCACGGAACAGAGCAAUUAUGGCGGAAAUAAGAACCUGUCGACGGCAGCAAUAAAUAAUGUUCAGCCGUACAACCGAUACAAUCAGACGGCCCCUCCCCCGGAGCAGUUUUUUCCUGGAGCAGAAAAAAUCAGUCCGAACACGGAAAGAAACAACAACCACAACCAAGCGGGUAGUCAGAGUCCGAAGAAACAGGCGAAAAAGUAUACGAAGACGUACGCACGGCACCAAACCACCGGGGUUUCUUCCGAUGACAUUAUUUGCCUCAAAGACGCGGACCCCAGCAGCCGUAAGGUGCAAGUGCAGGUGCGAGGGAGCUACGGCGAGAAAGUCGUGCUAGUGCUGGAGUUCGCGCGCUUCGAGGACAAGGAGCGGUUGAUUCGCGACCUGUUGCCAGUGGAGUGCGAGUUGGAGGAGCAGGCCAAGCUGCGCAGAACGCAGAUGACCUUCGGCAUCGGGGGUCAGAUCGGGGGCCCGGGAAGUAUUACUACAACUACACCGGGGCAGCAGCUGCAGGGUGCGGGCCAAUUUGUUGGUGGAGCAGGGGGUUCGGCACCGUCAGAACACGACGUUCAUCUGGGGUCCACUUCCGCUCGUAUUGAGAUGACCGCACAACAACCACUUCCAGCUAGACCAUCGCAAACUCAGGGCACCAGCGGUGGACCGUUCAAGUACAAUCUCCCGAUCUACAUGCAGCAGGGCCCCAAUCUCGCGACAUCCGGAACUACGGCCAGUAGCGAUGACGGUAACUACUACAACCGGCCCGGUUCUUCUUCACAACUUGCACGUCGCCAGCAAAUAACUACCUCAGGGACCACGACCGCAGGGAGCGGCGACAACUUUCUUUCGCUUGAAGAAAAAAGUAGAUACAACAAUGGUACUACGACCUACAAAAUGAAUAGCAACAGUAGACCAGCACACGCCCCGCCGGAGCGAAUCCAGGUGUUGAGCGGUUACAGGAAUAACAAUCCACCAGUAGUACCGAUUUUGCGGUCGUCGAUCGCUUCCUCGACCGAAUCCAGUCCGCAGAUGCUUCCUCGCGUCGCCAGCACCAAGUUGCGGCGGCGGGCGAGCGUGAUGUCAAAUGACGCUUUGAUGGACUUAACCAACGACUUGCAGGAGGAGACCAUCGGCACCGCGCGGAAGUUACUGCUCGUGUUUGAAGCGCCGAUCAACUUUCUGUACGAUAUCACCAUGAGCUGGUGCGACCCGAAGGAGACGAGUCGCCAGCACCGGUGGUACUGGUGCUUUUUGUUGUCCAUGCUGUGGCUCGGGAUUUUCUCCAACCUGAUGGUUUCCACCGUCCAGCACCUGGCCAAAGCGUACCAAAUCCCCGUCGGCUUCCUGGGGGCCACGCUCUGUGCCGCGGGAACCUCCUUGCCGAACGUGUGGGCCUCUUUUUUGGCGAGCAAGGUAUCAACUGUAAAAAUGUCUGGGUUUGGAAGGAUCCAAACUUGUCAUGCUAUCUUUGGACUCCAAAAAAAUCUGUAUUGCAUGACCAGGAAGAGGAGCCCAGACUGUGCUACGUGGAGAGGGCAUUUGUAAUGCGGAAUAGGCAUCAGGAAGCCCUCUAAAAAUCUGUGAUGCUAGGUCGUGCAGUACAGACAUUCUGGGUCAUACAAAACAUGCAUGGCAAGUCUCAGAAUCUUCCAGACCCAGACACUUUUGCAUUUGAUACAAGGACGGGAAGAGCAACAUGGCGAUCGCGAACGCGCUGGGGUCAAACGUGCAGAAUGCAUUUGUGGCGUUGGCUCUGCCCUGGUUCCUCAAGUGCUACGUCUUCGCCAGUAGUGGAAGCGUCGUGACGAUCCCCUUGCGUUCCCCGGGCCUGGAGUGCGGCACGAUCUGGAUGGCGGGGACGCUACUCCUGUUGGUGGGCUGGGCUGCCGUGCGAGAGUACACGCUGGAUAGCAACACGACAACGGUCUUCGCUGUCCUGUACGUGGUGUUUGUGCUAAAUUUGUGGUUUGUCACGAAAGACGCGAAAUAUGCAUAAAAUGAAAAGUAGGAAAGUUCUGGAAAUAGCCACGGCCUCUGUGAAUUUCAUACUACUUUUUGAAGUACUUUAGUCCCAUUGCGCGUAUUUCUAUGCAAUCAACUUGAACGUACCUCGUGUUGUACCUCUACACGAUAUACAUACGAAGUAUUCUUGAAGUGGUUUGCAAGUGAACUUGCUCUACGUCUACUUCAGUGAUGAAUUUUUCUACCCCCAGCACAGCAUAUGUUAAUCUUUCUGUAGAUCAUUCUACCAGCUGCAAUGUGUAGUUUUAUCUUCUCACUUUCUGUUGUCUUGCGCGACUUUUCCCUACCCCUUUCUCGUGUGAUUCCGCAUGGUGCGCUCUGCGGUGAGCAUCAGUCGAGGACAUUGCCACCGCAAAUCUUUAUCUUUUGCUUUCCCGUUGUCUCCGGGAAACAAGUCACAUUGCUUGGAACGAAAAUUUCAACGACAAAUUGAACGAAUUCCCUUCGCCGCGCAUAGUCUGAAGCAACUGGCCAAAUUUUCCAGCCUGUCGUUGUUCGGGAAAAAAGAAGAAGAUCUUCCG